AGUGACAGCGAAAAUUAGGCUCCGGAUUCCUUUGAUAUUUUUGUAUGCACAAAAAGCGCGGAGGGCGGGCGGCGCGGCUCGCUACAGCGCCGUAUAUAUAGACGGGACGGCUGCGCGGCGCCCAGUCGUUCGCCGUCGCUCGCCUGCGCCCCUCGUCGGAGCUUGCGCUUUGACAGCUUUCUAGCAUUUCUAUUACAUUUUCACAAAUUUCUCUUGAAAAUACUGAACUGAUGAACAUUGAGUAGGUCGGGAUUAAUUGGUGUGUUUUGUGGAUCGGUUGAGACUGUUUGCUGUGAUUCGCCGGUGGUUUAGCCGACCUGUAGCUGCCCAGGCCCCUGUCUGCCAUUGUUCACGUCGCCAGAUAUUCGACAAUUUUAAAAAUGAAGGACGAACGUGCGAGUCCCCCGCGCGUACGCGUCGCAGUUCUCGGCAGCUCACGAGUGGGAAAGUCAGCUCUAAUUGUAAGAUACCUAACAAGGCGAUACAUCGGAGAAUAUCAUUCAAAUACAGAUCUAUUAUACAGACAGACAGUUCAGAUAAACAGCAGCCCGGUGGAAUUAGAAGUAAUAGAUGUCUCAGGCUCAAACUCGGACAAAUUUCCAGCAGAACAGAUCCAAUGGGCAGACGCAUGCCUGAUCGUGUACUCGGUGACGGACAGGAGCAGUUUCGAGUACGCCACGGAAGUCCUGAAAGCCCUGAGGAGAGCCCCCGCGACCGCGAGCCCGGCGCACGGGCCCGCGGGUGCUACCACGCCCAUGCCCUUAGCCCUUUUAGGCAAUAAGACAGACUUGGACCAUUUGAGACAGGUAACGACUCAAGAUGGUCAGAGCAUAAGUGCCGCCCAUAACGCAUCGUUUAGCGAGGCGAGCGUGGCCGACAACUCCGGCGACCUGUAUCGCUGCGUGGACCGGCUGCUCGCCGAGGUGCGCACUCCUUUGCGCACGCGCAAGUUCUCCGUCACCAAGAUGCUAGGCUCUCUUAUAGAAGUAUUUUACACAGGUGGCGCUACAAACAACAGCCAAGCGAGCCGCAGCGGGUCGAUGGUGGCGUGCCCUCGCGUGCCCACGCCGUCGCGGCCGCCGCUGGCCGCCGCGGCGCCCUGACCGCCAGCCGCGCCCGCGCACCGCGCGCGUUGAUGCCUCGCCGGCGCGGGCGCCGUAUGGCUGGCCUGCCUGCCCAUGCCCACCCGCUUCGCCGCCGCGCCGCUCUCCGCCACCAUGUGAUUUGCUACUCGUUACCGUAUUUCAGUCGGCCUAAAUUGAUGUACAUUUUAAUGAACUGUUUAUAAUAUACUUGUAUAGACCUGAUUUUAAAGAAAACUGCAAGAGUUUGUGAGAUUUAUGUGUCGACUAAUUAUCAAUUAGGCUAUAGUUUAAGAAUGAAAGUGUUAGUAACAUUGAAGUUAGUUGAGACAUAAUGAUAUAGUGCACCUUUAACAAACAUUGGUGCUGAUCUCUAUUGAUGGAGCGCAAUUCAACCAGAAGAGAACAAUGAGUAAUAAAUAUAAUGAAAAGUCCACGUCAUACGGAAAAAAUAGUUAUAGACGUAUCUGAGAUAUAUUCUUAAUUGAUGUUGUACCUAAUCAUAAGCGAGUAACUUUACGAGAUACUCAUACGGUGCAGUAGAAGAUGGAAGACAAGAAAGCGCCGUUGUUGAAUAUUAGCUAACUCACCAAACAAGCCAAAGAUGUAAUUCCUAGUCGUACAUUAAUAAAUUAUGAAAUUGUAAAUACAUUUGUUGUAGUUAUAGAUACAGAUAAACAUUUAAGAUAACCGAGAAUUAAGUUAGGUAGAUAGAUGUUAAUUUUAUAAAUGUAUUGUUCUUGCAGCCGUAUCAUGAUGGCGUGUACACAUACUGGGAAUUUAUAUAUUAAAAGAAAAAUAAUCCUGCGGUAAACGUAGCGUUAUGUUAUAAAAUUUUUGAUGGAAGUUAACUAUUGUUGGUAGAAUUAUUGGUUUUAAAAUUCUAUUAAUGAAUAAGACAAUAAAUCCCAUACCUACAAAAAAAGUUUACUAUUAUAUGUUACAUGUAAUCAUUGAAAAGAAAGUAUUAAACAUCAUCUCUGUUUUAUACCCAUUACUUACUAAAUAUAAUAACUUCUGAUUGUCUUGGUAACAAAUCAUACAUGUAGGUAGAUACACUCUCAAAAUGAGCUGACUAAAUGUUUACAUUAUAUCUGAAAAUUCUCAAAGUUUACAAACCAAAGUAUCAUUAUAAUAUAUGUAAUAUCUUAAUAGAUUCUUAAAUUUCUGGUCUAAAACCUGAACUUAAUCGUUGUAAAGCAACUAUUAUAAACCAUGAACCGAGCUUUAAACUAAUUAUCCAACAUGUCUAAUAAUUGGAUUUAUGUCUCCCAUAUGUACUAGAAAUUAGGAUGUAUGGACAUGUAAAUAUCUAGGUGUAUUUGCUUGUUAUAGAAAAAAUACAAGGGUACGAAACUGGAAACUAGUAAGAUGUUUUUGAUAUGGUUGGGUGGGGCUCAGAACUGUGCUAAAAACGGUAACUAGGUGAACAAGUGUGAUAUCUACAGUAAGUGCUGUAUUGGAAAAGGAGUGUUCUGAUUCUUAUGUAUCUAGGUAGCCUAAAUGCAAGCCUAAUACUUAUGACUAUAUAUAUGGAUGUACUCUAAAUAAUGGCCUAAAUGAAUUUUUAGUAGGUUUUAAUAGGUACUCGUCUACUCGUACUCUUUCUUACUAGUUUUCUACUUUUGCACAGUAUUAAUAUGCUAUGUAAGUCUCAAAAUACUUUGUCUCUAUAAACUUCCUUUAAAAAUAAAAAUUAAACGUCAAACUGUCUGUACACAAACAUAAUCACUACAUGUUGGUGUUGUUGGUGAAUGGCAAGAUUAAAACUAAUCAUUGUUGUUAACCCGUAAAAGUAGUUUUGGCGAAGAUGUUAAUAAUGUUUACAGACAUAGUUUAAAUUUGUGGUAUAAUGUGCACUUGUGCAUAGGGUUCCGGAAAUUUAAAUUUCCAUUGGGCCCAUUUCUAUCCGAUAAAUAUUUAUAACAUAUAAAGGUUAUAGUUAUAUAUAUUUUAAAUUAUCUACAUGUCUCAACAUAAUACUAAUGAUCAUGACAGUUUGGGUUUCUUUUGAUCUCUUUGAUUGUUCCUAAGUUCUGUUGAGAUUUGAGAUGGAAAUGUAACGGUAUACUUUUCAAAACUGUGUCAACUGAUCGAAAGCCAUAAUCGAUAUGACAACGUAUCACAAAACCACUGAUGUUGUUGUCAUUAAAAGUUAUUAUUUGCUGCCGAUUUUAUGACAUCGCCUAGAAACUCUGCCUAGAAAUGAUGUUAUUAUUUAAAAUAUACCGAAAAAUAAGAAUUUUGAGUCAUCGGUGACAAUUUGGUCAUAAUAAUAACGAUAUGGUGAGCUGUCAUGAAACGUCAGGAAAUAAUAUGGCGCCACGCGCCAGUACCAGUGCGUACAUAUUCCAUGGGCGUGCAUUGCAUUUAUGUGUUGAUAUUAUGAUAUAUUAUUUAAAUAUAAAGACUAAAAAGUCGGAACUGAUUGGAAUAAGUUGUAAAUAAUUUUGAAUUGUCUAGCUUUAAUAUGACGUAUUUAAAAUAAACUUUAUUGAAUUAUU